CCCCCUGUGUUGACGUCAUUUUACACUUGCAGUAUAUAUAUAUACCACGAUAUUAGCAGACACAAACGAAAUUUUACGAGGACGCAUAAGAAACAAACUUGCGACAUGGCAAUAUACGACCGUUUUUGGAAAUACUUUGCAGGUCGUCGAACGUCUUAUUACCUUGGGGAAAUGUAUCGUGUUUGUCUUGUCACAGGCGUUUGAAUCUGAUAUUCGAAAUCACUGUUUGCAAAAGGUGCGCAGGUCAUCGAAAGACACCAUGUACAAGUUUCAAACGCGAAAGUUUCUAAUGCGUAUUUUCUUAAGAUUAAUUAUUUAAUUUAUAUUUUUAUGAUUUGAAAAACCGUUAAUUGGACAUUUUGCAAUCGGGAAAGACCAGGCUUCAGAGUUAAGUGGCACUUGCUGUUGUUUUGGUUAAAUAAUAAUAAUAAAAAUCUCCUGAGGAAUACAGUUUCGUUUGAUCUUUUUUACUGUUCCGGGAACAGACGCCUCGAAACAAUAUGGAACUUUGUGUGGAUUCCAAAUGACACGGUCUUUAAACAACUUUUAAAAUCGUAAAGCUCAAGACAGGACAUUUCACAACUUUGAGCCAACGAAAUGGUACACAAUCCAGACACCUUGGAUGACUCAACGGGAGUGUAUGGCCUGUAACGAUGUCCUCGGCGUGAUUCUGUGUAAACGUGCAGAGAUUCAUUUUACUUCGUAAAAAUUCAACUUCAGAGUUUGUCUUUUUCGGAUAUGGCGGGGUGCUGUCAGACGUGUCCGUGUUUCCUGACUGACGAAGAAAAGAAAGCCAUCGCAGUGGACAGGGAAAUUCAGUAUAUCCUCCGAAAGCAGAAAAAGAGGGAACGAAGGGAAAUUAAAAUCCUCCUGCUCGGCACUGGGGAGAGCGGGAAGACCACGUUCAUCAAGCAGAUGAGGAUCAUCCACGGGGAGGGUUACUCCGAGGAGCAGUGCAAGGCCUUCGCCAAGCUGGUGCACCAGAACAUCUUCAGCGCAGUGCAGGCCAUGACGGCGGCCAUGACGGCCCUGAAGAUCCCCUACGCCAACAAAGAGAACCAGGGGUACGCGGAGUUUGUGCAGGGGGUGGACACGCUGCAGGUCAGACAGAUGGAGAGGGGCCACCUGGUCGCCAUCCAGCGCCUGUGGGCCGACCCCGGCUUCAAGGUGUGCUACAGCCGCCGCCGGGAAUACCAGCUGCUGGACUCCACCGAAUACUACAUGGAAAAUUUGGACCGCAUAGCCGCCCCGAACUACAUCCCCACCCCUCAGGACGUGCUGCGGGUUCGGGUGCCGACCACGGGCAUCAACGACUACUCCUUCAAGGUGACGAACGUCACCCUCAGGAUAGUGGACGUCGGGGGCCAGAAGUCUGAGAGACGCAAGUGGAUCCACUGCUUUGAGAACGUCAUGUCCCUCAUCUUCCUGGCCUCCCUCAGCGAGUACGACCAGGUGCUGGAGGAGCAGGAGACUGAGAACCGCAUGAGAGAGAGUCUGGCUCUCUUCUCCACCACCAUCCACUCCCGGUGGUUCGAGCACACGUCCGUCAUCCUCUUCCUCAACAAGACGGACAUCCUGGAGGACAAGAUCAAGACCUCGGACCUGCAGAACUACUUCCCUGAUUUCACAGGGAAGAGGCGUGACGCUGUGGAGGCCCAGAAGUUCAUAAAGGGCAUGUACAUGGAGCAGGCGAAGACCAACGGCAAGCAGCUGAAGAACCUGUACUGCCACUUCACCUGUGCCACGGACACGCAGAACAUCCGCAAGGUCUUCCAGGACGUGAAGGACACGGCAAUCCAAAGGAUCGUAGACGACUACUUGACCUAGAGCUGGGGGGGUACAUAAAGGCUUUCGGCUCAGGAUGAGUCCCCUGGAGACACCUAGAGUGUAGCAGUUACUUGGUCACCCCUUAGCACCACCUGCACUCAGCUUUACAAUGGAGUCCCGCGAGGUAACACCAAACAAGCCUCAAAAUGUCUUCUGAAUGUGGUUCCCUCUCUCUCUCUCUCUCUCUUUCUCUAUCUCGCUCUCUCUCUCUUCCUCCGCUUCCCUCUCCCUCUCUCCCUCUCUCUCUCCAGUGUUUGUACUGGAGGGAGGCACCAAAAACCAUUUCGAUCUCAGGCGUCGCAGAGUUUCUCCACGGAGGAUAAAGCCCAUAACUUCGCCGUGGCAGCCUGGCUGGUUGCCAUGGUUUCCUAUAGGUGUGACUUUUGAGUGACAGCUCGGCCUGUUUAACGUGUGACCUCACGACCCUGUGAAUGAACCAAUCACAGGGCUAGAGGGCCCCUUUUGAACAAAAACAAAAAUAAAUAAAAUCUAGUCAUUUUGAUCGAUAGACAGGUGAUGAAGAAGCAGAUCCCAGACGGCCAUUGUGUAUGCCUCCAUUUUGUUCUGAUAAGUUCAAUAAUACAACCCACUCCCAUUACAUUGCGGGGGACGGUGGGGCACGUUACUGGCUGUCUGUAUUCACGGCUGCGCGAUGGGCAUCAGUGGAUCAAGAAAUCAAAAAUCACCACCCCCCCCCAUCAGAAUGCUUUAAAUGAGGAUGGUAUUUACACCUUCGAAAGCCGAAGCUGCUCAUUAAGCUCUCUGCCAAUCUCCAGUGGAGUUGUCGAAGGCAGAAGACUAUUAAAAGAUCUAAUUAAAUUCCCGCCAUCCAGUUAAGGACACAAUUAAGUGACUGAGGCCCAAGCCGAAGCGACUGGGGUACCGUCACCUCGCCAUGGGCCACCCCCCGAUCGAUGCGGCCUUCAAAAUUCGGAACCGCUCUCCUGUGGAUCGCUCCCACGCCUGCACUGAGGAGCUGGCACCCGACGGUGGCGCCGUCGUCGGCGCCGUGGUAAGGUUUUCCCCUGACGGCGACUUGAGCCGCCGUCCCCCGACUGGGCGUGCGUGUUGACAGUGUCGCCUAGGGGUGGUGUCUUCCCCCCCCACCCGUGGGCUGCUGGGAAACAUGCUUCGCCACGCCCCACAAACAGUUCAGCAGCAAUCACGUUUUUUAGACGUUUUCCACUGCACCAACUGCCAAAAAAAAAAAAGUGCGCGGCCGAAUUCGGGAAGGGAACGCUCCGUUCCGUUUCCUUCCAAAAACGGCUGUCGCGUGCGCCACGAGAGUCGGGUCGCCACAGCUCGCCGCAUCCCGCCAAGCCUCCCCCUCCCCAAACUGCUCCGAUCUGCAAGAGACUGUUCCCUGGUCUUCAGUGCACACGGACCGCACGAGAUCGCUUCUCAAAAUCCACCUCCCGUUUUUUUUUUUUUUUUUUUUGCUUCAAUGAAUGCGAAUGAGAAUAAUAACAGUUGUAUUAGUGAAGCCCGUUUGGUUUGUCAAAAACGUAGACCUUCGCCACGAGUGGAGCGCGGAACUUCAGCACCAGACGGAUUAGGGAUGGUUUUUGGCGGGAGAAACCGUUAAUUAGGCCUGCAUAUUCUACCUUAUAACGAGACCCAGGCGACAGCGUAGCACAGUGGGUAAGGAACUGGGCUUGUAACCCGGGAAUCAAAAGGUCGCAGGUUUGAUUCCCGGGUAAGGACACUGCCGUUGUACCCUUGAGCAAGGUACUUAACCUGCAUUGCUUCAGUAUAUAUCCAGCUGUAUAAAUGGAUACAAUGUAAAAUGCUAUGUAAAAGUUGUGUAAGUCGCUCUGGAUAAGAGCAUCUGCUAAAUGCCUGUAAUGUAAUGUAAUGAGACCCAUCACACAGAGCUACAGAGAAAGCUAAGCUAUACAGUGAACAUAUUUAAUCAAUAACACUAGUUAAUUGGGACUAUGUCCAUUCACUUUUUGCAGAAGAAAAAAUCUAGGGUUAUAUAAAGGUUUAAUGCAUUUAAUUAGCUCUGUUCACAGAGGUUUCAUUGCAACCCUCACAGUCUGUGUGAAAUGAAUGUGAAACAAUGUUAGUCAGGCUGCAUGUUUGUUUGAAUGACAGGCGGUAUCAUGUAUGUUGUGUCAUGAGGUAUUUAAGAAAUGGAUAAAUCUUUCCAUUAGUAUUCUUUUAUAUACUAACAACACUGGGUUUUAAACAUCAGGUUCUGCUUAACACUAACUGUUUACAUUUACCCACAUGAUGGAGGGGGGGGUUUACAUUCAGAAAGUUAAGAGUUAUCUUAAUGAUGAUGUUUUCAUAUUGACAUGGGAAGAUUUCAUUGGAAUUAUGUGUUAUAUUAAAAAAAUGGUCACUAUGUUCAUAAUUUGUGUCUUGAUUAAAGUUUUUGAAGUCAUAA